AGAGAGAGAGAGGAGGAGGAGGAGGAGGAAGAGAGAGGGAGGAGAGGGGAUUCAGCAGCGCUACCGAGGCCCGCGGGAGGGGGGUGAAGGGGGGAAAACGACUCAGCGGCAGCAGCAGCAGCAACGACAGCGACGCCGCCGCCGCCGCCGCCGCCAUGGAGUACCAGUUCGCGGAGAUCGACAAAUACGGCAACUGGCCGACCCUGUACCAGGAUAUCCGACAUCAAGCCAGUGACUUCCCUUGUAAAGUAGCCAAACUUCCCGAAAAUAGAAAUCGGAACAGAUACAGAGACGUCAGCCCCUUUGACCACAGUCGUAUUAAGCUACAGCAGGGUGAAAAUGACUACAUCAAUGCAAGCUUGAUUAGAAUGCAAGAGGCCCAAAGAAGCUACAUCCUGACUCAGGGGCCUCUUCCAAAUACAUGUGGCCAUUUUUGGGAGAUGGUUUGGGAACAAAAGUCCAGGGGUGUUGUUAUGUUGAACAGAGUAAUUGAAAAGGGAUCAGUAAAAUGUGCGCAAUACUGGCCGAGCAAAGAAGAAAUGGAAAUGUUAUUUUCGGACACCAAUUUCAAACUAACAUUGAUUUCUGAAGAUGUCAAAUCCUACUAUACAGUCCGACAGUUGGAGUUGGAAAAUCUUGCAACUGAAGAGAUCAGGGAAAUUUUGCACUUUCAUUAUACCACAUGGCCUGAUUUUGGAGUUCCUGAAUCCCCUGCUUCAUUCCUGAACUUCCUUUUCAAAGUGAGGGAAUCCGGUACAUUGAAUCCAGAGCAUGGACCUAUUGUGGUUCACUGCAGUGCAGGGAUAGGGCGAUCUGGCACUUUCUCACUGGUUGACACCUGCCUCCUUCUGAUGGACAAGAGGAAGGAUCCUUCAUCUGUGGACGUCAAACUCGUUUUAUUAGAAAUGAGGAAUUAUCGUAUGGGACUGAUUCAGACAGCCGACCAACUUCGGUUUUCUUACAUGGCUGUUAUUGAAGGAGCUAAAUUCAUUAUGGGAGACUCUUCUGUUCAGGAACAAUGGAAAGAACUUUCCAAAGAAGACCUUGAACCUCCCCCAGAGCACAGCCCCCCACCUCCACGACCUCCAAAACGGGCCUCUGAAACUCUCAAUGGGAAAACGCCAGAUCAAAGGAUAUGUGUUACAGAUUCGGAAGAGAGAAAAUUCGAUGCAUUUUAUGAAAACCAAUCGAGAAAGGUCACAGAGUCACAAAUAGAAAGUUCAGAAAAUGAACUUCGGAAAAGGCACGUGGGAGAAAAUGCCAUUUAUUCACCGCAGGUCAACGAACAGGUGAAUUCAGAAUAUGAAGAAGUGAUAGCAGAGGAGGCGUUAGAGCUGGUUUUGGAAGACGAGGAGAAGGAAGAUACAUGGUUAAAUUGGAAACCUGUUGUGCUCAAUGUGUGUUUGUUCGCUGCUUUUACAGCUGGAGCAUACUUCUGUUAUAGGGCAUGCUUCCAUUGACAAAUACCCUAGAGGAUGACGUGCGUACUGUAUAUUGCAGUAAAGCCUGCGCUUUUUCAAUAAAACAUUUGAUGCAUUGAAAAGCUGUAGGAUCUAUGUCUUAAAAAAAAAAGCAGGCUUAGUUUCUGAGACGGGAACUUGGGUGGGAUUGUAGGGAUAAGAAAAAGAUGCACUAGGGUUUUAGCCCCAUGGUCCCAAGAGCAUAACAUUCAAAUCUCAGGGCCUUGAAUAUUCAGGGGAAAGCAGUGAAAAUGCCAAAUAGCUGUGUUUUUCUUUUCUUUUUUUUUUUGGCAGGGAGAAGGGUGUUGUAUGUUGCAUUCUUUUAAUGUCUGUUAUGGAGAAAUGCAAGAUAUUGUUCGGAAAAGAUACACAUCCUCUAACCCUAGCAUAUUUCGCUCAUAGUUGCAAUGUUAAUCUCCACUGUUGUGCCAUUUCCUGUUUCACCCACAUCUGGAAAAUGCCCAAUGUUAUUCUUGGGAAACAAAAUGUAUUUUUUGUUUGCACGUAUGUUUUUGGGCAGUGCCUGUGGUGAAAUUGCAUUAAUCUCAGCAAAGCUGUGGCUUUAAACUGCUGCUUUGUUAACGCAUCAGCUAAGAGGCUUCCACUGCUGCUCAGGGUAUUCCAGCAAAAUGGUCCUCUUUAAAUGUGUCUAUUAACCAUUUCCGUCACACUUGUGCUUGCACUUUUGCCAUCCACAACAUCGGAAACCAAGGUAAAUUAACCAGCUUUUAACCUUCCGCUAUUCAGCGACAAUAUAGUUGGACGGGGGAAGAAAUGCAACAAAAUGCAACACAUUUCCACCAGCAUUUUUACAGCUGUACCAUAUAUAAAACUAGACCAUUAUACAAAGUCAAAUCUCCUUCACUCCAUAUUUAUUUGUAACAGGUAUGACUGUAUCCAACAAUUUUUUAACCAACGAUGUAUUAAAAAUAUAGUUUAUAUUUUUAAUCAAAGCCUUGCAUCAAGGGCUCAUAGAAAAGUAAAAUGAUACCUCAUUGCCAGUACUGGAAGCUUGCCACCACUUACCUGCCCUGUAAACUAUAGGGUAUUACCAGUACUUAAUCUGAGGGUAAUUGUAAGUAGUCAGUAUAUAGUUGUCUUAAGAAAUUAUAGCAUUAAAACUAGACAUUUUUGGAUCAUGUACAUCAAAUUAAGGGGAUACUAAUAAUAUAUAAUGGUAGGAAACAGAGUGAGCUACAGAAUUGCUUUGUCGAAUGAUUCUUUUAAUGGUCUGGAUGUAUAUUGUAUCCUGGCAGUUAUACAUUAUACACCAGUGUAGUGGAAUGCAUGCAGACUCCAUUAGCAUCAAUAAAUAUGAAAUUGCUUGGAAAGUGAAAGAUGAUCUGUAUAUCUUAUUACUACUGUAAACAUGUGUAGUACAUGUUUGAAAAUAAUUGCAUGAGUGUUCUGGUUGGUAAUGGUGGCAGUGAGACUGACACUGAAAAGGUAAUAUUUCAGUGGUUCAUUUCUAUGUUGGGUGUUUGUAUAAAAGCUAGCAUACCUGUAUUUGAAACUCAUUUGGCCUGUGUAUAUAUCAAGGGUUUUACCUAAACCACGUAAUCCAGAUGUUUGUCACAUUUCAAGUAUGUAGGAACUAGUUCAAACAUUCCAAAACUGUCUAUAGGCAUUGUUCAUGUCUCACUUUCUGCACAGGGUCGAGCUCUGCAAAUAUUGGACACCAGUGGCUAAGAUGCAACAAUUAAAUCUUUCUUUUACAAAACAGGUCUAAACUAAUUUAUUGGCUUUGAGCGUCUUGGUGCUGGGAUAGGACUUGCUGGUAAUUCCCUUUCAAAAUAUAUAUGCUGGCUCUCAAACCCUGAAGUUGGCACUUCAGCCAGCAAGAUCCAGAUGUAGUGGCUCACCGAUGUUGCUAGCCCCAUCGCAAUCAGCAGAAAUGAGCAAUGAAUAAAGCUCAUACGAUAAGACUUUUUAAAGCCUCUUGUAUAUUUAUGUAGUUUGGGUGUAUGUACAGUAGAUUUGAAAAGUUGGGUUUGUUGGUAUACCUCUUAAAUGACAAAAGACUGAAUAGGGUUUUCAUGGUAAACAAGCUAUUGAGCUGCUGUGAUACAUGCCUUAAUUGAAACUUUCCUUGGCUCUUGUUCUUUCCAGUAAGGCCAUACCAAUAAGAUUAAUGAACAAAUGUAAAAUAUCAGACUGCGGUAUGUAAUGUUUUAUGCAGUUUACUUACUAUAAAUUGCUUUUGUGGACCAUUCACACAAAAACAUUGUACAUUUGGUGUUUAGGAAUGUGAAUCUCUAGCGUUUUGAAAUUCAGGAUAGUCAUACUUCUCACAUUUCAAAAAAAAAUCUAUAUGCACAUGUUUGGAGUUUUAUGCCCCAUUUUGUUCAGUAUCAACAUUCUGGAACGUUAGCCUGAUAUUUACUAGAAAGGAGAACUUAAGUUUACUGUAUCCCUUCAUCUUUUUGAUCAUGUUACAAAAUCAUGUAAAUUUCUACACAGUUUGGAGUUUAGUUUGUAACUGUUACCUGAAAGGACGUGACGUUCUAUAACCCGGUCGUGGAAUGAUCUGAAGUAUGCACUCCUUCGCGGUUACUCUACAACUGGCUGGCAGAUAUCCUCCUCCCGUGGAGCUCACAGAGGAUCAGUUUUCCUCAUAUUUUUCAAACCAAAUAAUGUGCAAUUCUGUUUAGAAUUGCUGACAUUUGGCGAAUGAGGUGAGAGUUUAAAACUUUCAAUCUCGUCUCUUUGACCAAGCAACCAUGUACAAGUGCUUGCUUCAGACCAUUCUGUGCUCUGGAUCUAAGAAGCACCAGGACCCGGAGGAGGGUGGAUCAGAGAACACAUUCUCUGAGUCGUCUGGUGUUUCUUUUCCUAAUAUCCCAAAUAACCAUUUGCUGGCAAGUGCAUGUAGUAAAUUAUGGUAAGUAGUUUGACACUGUUUAGUUUCUGCUUUUAACAGUCAAUCCUUUCACAAAGAGCAAAGUAUGCUUAACUGCCCCCACCUGUAGUAUCUGAAUCAUAGUCAUUUGUGCACCCUGACACAAAUCAUGUUAGAACUUUAAAACCUCCCUUGCCCAUCUUCUGUCUUGCUGUCCCUACCAUGCGUUUCGGAAGGUGAGAGUACUUAAUUUUUUUAAAAUUGUAUUUUCAUUGGUUAAAUUUAUUGGUGGCCUAAGAGAUUAAUUGCACUUUUAAAAAGUGCUUGUUCCAGUUUAGUUCGCGGAAGUGAAGUCCAUUUCAAAUUCAGUCUCGCAACCUGAAAAACCAGACCCUUUGUGUUAAUGACUGACAACGAAGCAGUGUUUUCAUAUGAUGCUGACUAGCUAACUAGCUGAUGUUGAACUUGACGUUUUCUCCUCCCUAAAGUUGUUGUCAAGGCCUCUGUUAGCAGAUUCUUAAUCAUGAUGUUUGUGCCAAGCUAUUUAUUUCCCUGUAGGAGGCUCUAUGGUUCCUAGUUCAAGGAGAAAAUCCUUAACUGGUGCCAUCAAUGUGGUUUGCAGCUCAGAUUGUAACCUGCACAUCAACCCGAGCAGCCUAACCACUGGUACUGUAAUGAGUUACAAUUUGGGGGCUUGAAUAAACUAAGAGUAAAAGUGGCUACAAAAGUUUUCAGAUUUAAACACUGCUUGGUCAUUCCACAGGUAACUGAGCACCUGCCUAGUUGGCUCAUUUAUUAUUUGAUGUGAUCAACUCAUUCAUCCAGCACACCUUUUCAACCAAGCUAUGCUGUGAUCUAGCAAGUGAUGAAACUCUAGUCCAAGUGAUAUUGCUGACAGCAUUAAUAGCAAUUGCAAGACUUUUAGGUAGUAGUUCAUCAUGGAAGUUUUUUUUAUAUAUGAAGAUUCAUCUCAUGAUCCAUGGGACACACGUUUUCAUCAGAUUUCUUGUCGAUUUCCAAAUUGUUGAACAGGAAAAUAUGUUCAGUAUUUUAUUUGUAUGGCCUUACAGAGGAGACAUUUCUUAUGCCCAGUUUUGCUGAGAACUCUUCUAGAUAGGAACAGAUGAGUGCUGUUGAUACAUUUUCUCCUAUUGUCUUCCCAGCAAUGUGAUUUUGUUCUUCAAUGGUUAACAACAAAUCAACAAAUGCUAUAAGAUCACACUAGUUUCCAUAAAUUUCAGGGAUGUGCCUGACUUAACUGGAAUUAUUUUAGUUUUUUUUAUUGGUAAAAGUACUUUUGGACCAAAUAUAUGCAGAUUUUUUUGAAUACCAACUUGUUUUGUCGUGUGUUAAGCACACACUUUAUUCUAAAUGAAGUUUCACAGUGGAAUUGUAGCUUUUAAUUUAAAAUUACAAAUUAAUUGCUUGCACUAAGUGUCUCUCAACUGCAUAACUUAAAGAGAGUAAAACGUAAGAUCGAUAUUGAAUGUCCUCUCCUAAGUGCACUGUUGGUCAACAUGCAAUGCUACACAGUCCACACCUAGAACUAUGAGAGAAAUCAUGUGAUAUUUUCACAGUUUGACACCUUUAUAGUUAAAUUACAGGUAAAGCACUUGGGAUAUAAGAGUUGUACAUUUCUGUACCUAUAAUCUGAAGACAUUGAGAUACACUGAUUUUUUUUCUACCUUAGCUAGUGUGAUCUUUUUCCUACUUGACUGUUUCACGUUUUUUAUUCGCUUUUUUUGCCACACAGCAAACGGCUUCAUGUAUUUUACUUUUUUAUUUUCCUGUAUAGUAUUUUACUGUCUUGUAGAGUAUGAAUAACUGUAUUGUGCUGUUUUCUAGUAAACAUUAACAAAGCUAUUUCUGCAUGUAUUGAUAUUGUAUGAUUUUCUACGGUUUUAUAUUGUUCGACCAUUUGGUGGUCUAAAAAAAAGCCUGACUCAAACAAGACUCUCCAAGCAUUUGCAAAGUUUUCAGAACCCUUUAAAACUUUACAGUGAGCUGGAUUUCAAGUAUGCCACAUCAACUAUAAAUCUCGAAUAAAACCAGUUUGGAAAGAAAA